AUAUCAAGGAGAUGUUCACAGGGAUUGCAUUGCUUCUUGGACCUACCAAGAAACAGACAGCAACAUCCUUAGAUCAGCUACAACAUUUACAACCGCUGGUAGCUUCGCAUUAGUUUGCGAUAACUGCAGCUGCAAUAGGUCACAUUCGUGGCGAAAACGGUGGAAGAAUUCAGCCUUCUUUCUCCAGGAUCAGGGCAUAUGUACUGAUCUGAAACGAGGGAUUUCAAGCGUGUUAAAAGUGGGGAGAGGGAGACCACAUGCGUUUGUCCGUAGCUUCACAUGGCGUGCUCCUCCUCCACUACUGCUCCCCUACACGCAUUUGGUAGUCCCUUUUUGGAAUGCAUCAGCACCACACCUUCAUCUGCACAUCUGAUCCAUGGACAUAUAUUGAUGGGGAGAUCGAUGUGACCUGGUGUUGGUAACCCGGGCGAGUAAACGAGCGCUUGCAGUGGUCGUAGUGGUGAUGACUGCAACUUCAACAGCACGUGGCCGUCCUUCCCUGGCCUCCCCCCAUCGGUAACCCAGGGCGGGCUCCACAGCCUUUAACCAUGGCAUGUGUCUUUUGCUUUGUCUGGUCGGCUGGUCCUGCUCCAUCCCCUUCUGUCAUUCAGUGUUUCAGCUUGUUGAAUCGAGUUCAUAGCUCAAUUUCUUGCAGUGUUUUUCUUGGUUUUUGAAGGUAGUUUUUCAUUUUUAUUCAGAUUUGUUUGUCUGGGUUUUGGUACGACAGUGGUUGUGAGAUGGUGUUUUUCUUGAAGAAGGAUAGGAAAGCUGAGCAUAAAGGCUAAGCUGUCACCGAGCAAUGGAUCUUGAGUUCGGGAGGGGCCUGAGAUCUCCACAGAGGGACUCAUGGAAGACCACCUUGCUCUUGGCAUACCAGAGCUUGGGGGUGGUUUAUGGAGACUUGAGCAUAUCUCCUCUGUAUGUGUACAAGAGCACCUUUGCCGAGGACAUCCAGCACUCGGAGACGAACGAGGAGAUCUUUGGCGUGCUCUCGUUCGUGUUCUGGACGCUGACCUUGAUCCCUCUCAUCAAGUAUGUCUCCAUUGUCCUACGAGCUGACGACAAUGGCGAGGGAGGAACAUUUGCUCUGUACUCUCUAAUUUGCAGGCAUGCAAAUGUGAGCCUUCUCCCGAACAGGCAAAUCGCUGAUGAGGAGCUUUCCACUUAUAAGUUGGAAUGCCCUCCUGAAAUAACUGAUAAGUCCCGUAUCAAGGUGUGCCUUGAGAAGCACCGGAAUCUGCGUGUUGCUCUGCUGAUCAUGGUUAUGAUCGGCACAUGCAUGGUUAUUGGGGACGGUGUUCUCACGCCAGCUAUAUCUGUGUUCUCAGCAGUUUCAGGCCUUGAGUUCUCCUUGUCCAAGGAUCACCGUGAAUAUGCCGUCAUCCCGAUAACCUGUGUCAUAUUAGCAUUCCUAUUUGCCCUCCAGCACUAUGGUACACACCGGGUCGGGUUUCUCUUUGCCCCGAUAGUUCUAGCCUGGCUAUUCUGCAUGAGUGCUGUUGGCCUUUAUAAUAUCAUCCAAUGGAAUCCUCAGAUUUACCAAGCCCUAAAUCCUUCUUACAUGUUCAAGUUCUUAAAAAAGACUAGAAAAUAUGGUUGGAUGUCGCUUGGUGGAAUCUUGCUCUGCAUGACAGGAUCUGAAGCAAUGUUUGCAGAUCUUGGACACUUCUCAUACAGUGCAAUCCAGCUUGCUUUCACUUGUUUAGUUUACCCUGCGCUGAUUCUGGCAUACAUGGGUCAAGCUGCUUACUUAUCAAAACAUCAUGACUUCUACUCAAGCUCCCAAGUUGGAUUUUACAUUGCAGUUCCAGAUAAGAUCAGAUGGCCUGUGCUUGUAUUGGCAAUAUUGGCUUCGGUAGUCGGAAGUCAAGCAAUCAUCAGCGGAACCUUCUCAAUCAUUAAUCAGAGCCAGUCCUUGAGUUGCUUCCCUCGAGUAAAAGUUGUACAUACAUCUGAGAAAAUUCAUGGCCAAAUAUACAUCCCUGAGAUCAAUUGGCUGCUUAUGAUCCUCUGCAUUGCUGUGACUGUUGGAUUUAGAGACACGAAGCACAUGGGAAAUGCAUCUGGGCUGGCGGUAAUCACAGUGAUGCUAGUCACCACGUUCCUCACAUCCCUGGUCAUCGUUCUGUGCUGGCACAGGCCGCCGCUGCUGGCCUUGGCCUUCCUCCUCUUCUUCGGAUCCAUCGAGGCGCUCUACUUCUCGGCGUCGCUCAUCAAGUUCCGCGAAGGCGCAUGGCUCCCGAUCCUCCUCGCGCUCAUCCUCAUGGCAGUCAUGCUCAUCUGGCACUACACGACCAUCAAGAAGUACGAGUUCGACCUCCAAAACAAGGUCACCCUGGAGUGGCUCCUCGCCCUCGGCGACAAGCUCGGCAUGGUCCGCGUCCCCGGUAUUGGCCUCGUCUACACCGACCUCACGUCAGGCGUCCCGGCCAACUUCUCCCGGUUUGUGACCAACCUCCCGGCGUUCCACCAGGUCCUGGUGUUCGUCUGCGUCAAGUCGGUGCCGGUGCCGUACGUGUUCCCGGCGGAGAGGUACCUCAUUGGCCGUGUCGGCCCACCGGGCCACCGGUCCUACCGGUGCAUCGUGCGGUACGGCUACCGCGACGUGCACCAGGACGUGGACUCCUUCGAGACCGAGCUCGUCGAGACCCUGGCCACGUUCAUAAAGCUCGACGCGCCCUACCGAUGUAGCGAGGCCAGCGAGCAGGAGCUGGAGGCCGAGCGCGAGCGGCGACUGACCGUGAUCGCGAGCAACCCGCUACGGAACCGAGCGAGCUACGACCUCCAGGACAGCAUCCAGCACUCGGCCGCGUCCACCGUGGAGAUGCGCGCCUGCGCCGCCGCGACCGAAGGCAACAGCCCAGGCCGCGCGGCGGCAGCGAGCUCAGCGGCGACGAAGCAGGUGAGGUUCUUCAUCGACAGCCACGUGUCGAGCCCGGAGGCGGACAAGCACGUGGCGGAAGAGCUGGAGGCGCUGGCCGCGGCGCGGGAGGCAGGCACGGCGUUCAUCCUGGGGCACUCGCACGUGCAGUGCAAGCCCGGGUCGUCGGUGCUGAAGCGGCUGGCCGUGGGCGUCGGGUACAACUUCCUGCGGCGCAACUGCCGCGGCCCGGACGUGGCGCUGCGCGUGCCGCCGGCGUCGCUCCUCGAGGUCGGCAUGGUGUACGUGCUCUGAAAUCUCCGACGCGGCUUUUGCCUCUUCUUUUGUCCUGAACCCUGAUACAGUAAAAAUCGACUGUUUUCAUUUUUUUUUUCCUGUAACACAAGGAAGCCGUUUUGUGUAGUUGAACUUGAUCAUCA